GGGCGGGAGGGCGGCGCGGAGUGCGCCGGCGCGUAGUCGGGGACGCCGGGUCCAGGGAUCCUGCUAGGGAACCAGUGUUGUCGCCCCGCCCCCUCGGGGCUUCAGUCCCGUUAACUGUCGGCUGGACAGGUUCCGCAGCGCAGGGCGACAUGCCGGUGCGCUUCAAGGGGCUGAGUGAGUACCAGAGAAACUUUCUGUGGAAAAAGUCUUACUUGUCAGAGUCCUAUAAUCCCUCAGUGAGGCAAAAGUACUCGCGCGCAGGACUUAGAUCGGAUCAGUUAGGGAUCACGAAAGAACCAAGUUUUACUUCAAAAAGAAGAGUUCCCUACUAUGACCCUCAGAUUUCAAAAUUCCUGGAGUGGAACGGAGCCAUCACAGAGAAUGAGAUGGUUGUCCCACCAGAGCCUCAGACUCUCCAAACUCCAAAACCACAAGAGGCACAGCAAAAAGAAGAUGCUGACCAAGAAGGGGUUCCCUCACUAGAGGCUUCCCGGGUUCCCAAGAGAACCCGGUCUCAUUCUGCAGACUCCAGGGCUGAAGGGCCUCCUGACGCUGUGGAAAAGCACCAGGCCAUCACGGGAAACCAUGCACUGGCUAAUGAGGAUGCGGAGCUGGACCCUUCCCUCAAACCUCUUCCACAGAGUGUAGAUCCCAGGUUGGAUAGGCAUCUUCGUAAGAAAGCUGGAUUGGCUGUUGUUCCCUCGCAUAAUGCCUUGAGAAAUUCUGAAUACCAAAGGCAGUUUGUUUGGAAGACCAGUAAAGAAACCGCUCCGGUGUUUGCAGCCAAUCAGGUUCUCCGUAAUAAAAGCCAAGUUAUUCCACAGUUCAGUGGGAGUACAGUUGUCCAUGAAACUGAAUACACGCGGAAUUUCAAGGGCUUAUCUCCAGUGAAGGAGCCAAAGUUCAGAGAAGACUUGAAGGGAAGCAGUGGCCUUGAGACGCCCUCUCCAGAGAAGAAGGCAGACGAGCCUUUAGAAUUAGAAGUAGAGAUGGCAUCGGAAGACUCAGACCAGCCUAAGAGGAAGCUUGCUCCGUGGAGACACCAAAAGCUCGGAAAGGUGAAUUCUGAAUAUAGAGCAAAGUUUCUGAGCCCAGCCCAGUAUUUCUAUAGAGCUGGAGCUUGGACACGUAUGAAGGAGAACAUGCCAAACCAGGGUUCUCUAAAUGCCAUGUGGUAUGCAGAGGUUAAGGAACUCCGGGAAAAGGCCGAGUCGUACAGGAAGCGAAUUCAGGGGACGCAUUUUUCUCGGGACCAUCUGAACCAGAUCCUGUCUGAAAAGAACUACUGUUGGGACGUCUCCUCAACCACGAGCUCAGAAGGACCCGUUAGCGGCAACAUCCGAGCAUUGGACCUUGCUGGAGAUCUUACAGGCCACAAGACUCCCCAGAAACAUCCUCCUGCCAAACUAGAAGAAAGGAAGGUUGCCUUGGGAGAGCAGCCCCCAAGAAAUGCCACCGCGAAGCUGGACCUGUCAGAGGCCGCCACCAUGCCUGUCAGGAGGAAGCUGGCAUGGGAUGCAGAGGACACCAAGGAAGAUGCACAGGAGCAGCCCAGAGGGGAGGAAGACAGGGAAGAGGGAAGGGAAAAGGCCAAGCAGACCCGUGUGGGGGAGCUAGAGGAACUGGACACACAAGAGACAUUUAAGGCAGACAGGAUAAAAGAAGGGUCGGAGCUAUCCUCUGUCUCCUCAGGGAGGGGAGGCAGGCUUCCUACUCCGAAGCUGAGAGAACUCGGCAUCCAGCGGACUCACCAUGACCUCACGACUCCAGCCGUUGGUGGAGCGGUCUUAGUGUCUCCAUGUAAAACGAAGCGGUCAACCCCCGAGCAGUGGAAGAGAGCGUCCUACCAGCAUGGCUUAGAAACCCCAAAGAAAGAUAUUACUAAGAAAGAAAACCACCGUGCUGUGUGUCUCCUGACUUCUCCUGCUGCUGGCAUGAAAACAGUUGAUCCCCUGCCUCUGCGUGAGGAUAGUGAAGACGAUGGCCUCAGAUUUUUGAAAAUUCCAGAACAUCUGACAAACACCCCUGGUAGUCAGCCUUCUCCGAGUGCCCUGCCUCACUGGCCUCCUCCUAACAGGAUCCAGGGCCGUCUGCGACACCCUGAAUUUCAGCAUAACGUGAGAAAACCAAGGAUGAACACUUUGCUGUUACCUCCGCAUGAAGCCUUUAAUGAUGAAGAUGUAGACAGACUGUCCGAGAUCUCUGCUCGCUCUGCAGCUUCCAGUCUCCGCGCUUGCCAGACUUUAGCACGAGCUCAGAAAAGAAAGGAGAAUUUCUGGGGCAAAACAUAAACCCGCUCUUCUUCUCUAGAGAAAAGCUGGCAUCAUCUUUUCUUAUUGUGUUAAGAUUUUCGGAGUGUUUGGAUUUUCUCCUGACACUUCUGACUUAAAUAAUUUGAUUUUCAGUGGCUCAUCUUACCCAGGAAAUUUUAACACAGCCGUAUCUAAAUUUAACUCUUUGGGAUUUCCUU